CCUCCUCUUUGUCCAUCCGCUGACACCGGUGGUGCGUUCUUUCUCUCCCCGCCAGGACGCAGCAUCGCUCUUAUGCUUCUCGGUGGCGAGAAAAUCCCGGACAAAGAUUUCCGCCAUGAGGAGAGCCGAGUGGGACUGGACGAUGGAGGAGAAGGCGACAGCAAGUCCGAGCUUGCGGAGGGUCUCAGGGAAGAGAAAGCGCUGCCGUGGUACAAAUGCGUGGGCUGCCAGCGUCUGGGCCCCUCCUGGAAGAUUUGCCAUGGAAUCGUCCUCACCUCUCUGCCUCGCGAAUCAAAAUUCUGUGCCAUCGAUCGCCACCAAAUCCAUCGCCCAUGUCGAGAAAAAUUUGUUCCACUUGCCCGGACACGGGUCUCUUAACCGCCAAUCUAGGUUAACAUAAAAACUCAAAA